UGAGAAAUAUAAAUAUUUUAUGACUAUACUGUAUGCUACUAUACGUCAUUGACAUCGGAACCCAGCGCCCUAGUCCAUACAUGAUCCUCUGAAUUCCAGAGGUGAAGGCGGUGAGUGAUUCUGCCGCCUGCUUUUCCUAAAAACUAUCCAGGUACCCGCGGGAGCGAACGGGAGCGAUCGGAUCUGCCAUGAAAGUACCUAUAUGUAUGACAGAUGCGGGGAUCAACAGCGACAAAGAGAGGGAAAGAAUGAAGAUAUCUGGAUAGUUAUUGUUCGCAAAUAUAUUGUUCGCAAAGCACAGGUUGUCGGGGGGCAAAUAGAUGCCUCUCACACUGUCGUCAUCGGCGGCCAGGCAGUCUCUCUCUAGCAUGUUGGAUUAAGGCAGACGCUGUGGAAUGUGGAAUGUCUACCUGGGGAUAGGGAACUCAGCCAUACAACAAACAUCAUCAUACAGCAUCGUAUACUCUCAGUAUUACAAGACUCAGCACCAGGCAGUGCACAUACUGUCAUCAGGCAGGUGACAUCCACCACCACCACCACCACCAACCAACCGCCACAACCACUUCCCAUCCCACGUCCACUCACCGCCUGAGACAUCCCUCGAAUCCAAGCUGAGCCAAAGCUGAUCUGAUCCACAACUCACAUGUCAGCGCUUCGCAGCUGUAUUGGGCGCCAACAAGAACUGACUGACCUGAACCGACGACCUGACGAGUAUCGUUAGGUUAGGUUAGGUGUUUACCUGCCUGGUCCUGUCCUGAUCGUUGUCCUGGGCGCAUCGCAUGGCUAUCUGCGAACUCCCCGACGACUCGACGGCGUCUACAUAUCUACCUCUACCUCUACCUUCUACUUGACUGCAUCUUGCAUGAGUUGGCGUUAUUCCCGUCCUACUCACACACUACCUACCACCCCUCCUCCUGCAUCUGUAUUCCUCCUCUCACUCACCACCACACACACACACACACACGUCGAUGCCUAUGCACCAAACCGCGCCCUCGCUGUCGUGCCCUGCUCAGUCCGACCAUGGCGCAACCACAAGACGCUGCCGCUGCUGCGGCGUACUACGGCGAUCUCCUUGACAGCGACAAGAAGCCCUCGAGGGUCAUGGUCGCGCUGCUCACGGGAAUCGCAAAAUAUAUUGUCAAGAAUCUCGGGGACAAGGACACAAAGUGUCUUACCCCGCCAAAGCUGGCGGCGUUCUACAAAGCCGUCGGGGGGAACUAUGACUCUGUCUUCAUCGACCUCCCCAACCCCCAAAUAUCAUUCAUCUACCAAUCCAUCGGCUGCCAACACACCCUCCAACCCACCCCCGACGACUUCCACCCCCCCACCAUCCCCGCCCUCACAACCCGCGGCUUCGUCCGCUGGCAAACCAUCGAGAUCCUCCUCGACCCCUCUGGGCACGUCCCCUUCCUCCAGCGCGCCGUCCAUGACUUCCCCAUCCUGAACCCGGAGACAGGGGACCGCUUCCCCGCCGACCUUCCCGCCUCAUGCCUCCCCCAAGAACCUGAUGCCGCGAUCGAGAAAUGGCAUAAUAAGUGCGCCGAGAGGCUGAGGAGGGAUUCGGCGGCGGAUGAGAGGCCGAGGAGUCAGAAUCAGGCGCAGGAUGAGAGAUUUCAGUCACCGUAUGGGAAGACGUCGCAUACGCCGACACCCCGCGAUAGUCCGAGGGGGGGGGAUUACUCCAACCCCAAACCAGAGCAGCACCCGCGCCGCCAAAAGCCCACACGGGGCGGUGCACACCCCCCCACCAAACCGCGUGACACGCCGCCACCCCCGCGCCGCCCGGCCACUCCACCACUCGAAUACGAAGACGCGCGCGGUCGCCGCAGGAGCGUGCCAAAAGACUACUACCGCAACAUCCCCGCCUCGAGCCGACCUUCAAAAUACGCCUCUGACGUCCCGCAGCAGGAGGGGUUGAGACCGCAUAGUGGUGGACCCGGGGGGAGAAGGCAUAGUCAUCCAAGACAUAGGAGGGAGAGGAGUAGUUCGAGUAGUUCGUGGAGUUCGAGUUCUGAGAGCGUGACGACGGAUCCGCCGACUAGUCCGGCGUAUGGUGCGAGGAGGAAGGGGAAGGUUAAGGAACAGCCGGUGCCGCAACAGCAGCCGCAGCAGCAGCAGGGGAAAUCUAGAAGGAAUGCUAAACCUACCGCUGUACCCUUCGCAGGACGCUACUCCGCGUCAUCAAGUCCGCACCCCGACCCCCUCGCCGCUGCUGCUUCGGCCGCCGCCGCCGCUGCCGUCGGCGGUGGUUUGGGCGGUGGGUUGCAGAACGAGAAACUCCGCCAAGACCACCGAAAUCGGGGGUUGAGCAUGCCUAACUUCCGACACGCUGGUAACGGUGGGGGACCACAGAUCGCAUCCUAUAAAAUCGCCGUCGACCCUCCUCCUCCAGCAGACGGGAAGUUCAACCCCGCUACUGGACCAUUCGCGCCUUCUUACCCGCCUAAUGCGUGGCGUAGCGAGUCGAGGGGUGGGGGGGCGAAUAAUGUUAGGUGGAGGGAUUUGGUGGAUAUUGAUAUUCCGAUUGGGGGGUGGGUUAAUAAGGAACCGCCGGUUGCGCCGGAUGCGCCGCCUGCUGUUGGUGGUGGUGCUGGUGGCUUCGGUGGUGGCGGGAAUGGGGGGAUGGGAGGGAGAGAGAAGUACCGAAGAGAGGACUUUGGGAAUGGGAAGAGAGAACGCAGGAGUGUGAGUCAUGAGGAGAGGGCGAGGGAGAGGGAGCGCGAGAGGAGGUGGGAGAGGGAGAGGGAGAGGGCGGAUUCGGAGACGGAUGCGAGGAUGGAGAGGAGGUUGGGGGGGAGGCGGUGAGGUGUGGGGUGUGGAGGUGGUGAAAGUGGUACAGGCGGAGAGGAGAUGAGUGAGGUAUGAUUGUUAUGAUGGUUAUGAUUAUGAUGGGAAUACGGAACCUAAGGGUCUGGAACUUGGGGAUUUGGCGUUUUAAGGGGUGG